UUUAAGCGUUCAAAGAUGGUAACAGGCGUCUGAGCAGCACAGCAAUUAACACUUAUUUAGAAUUAACAAAAAGUAUGAGCAUGAGGAAAAAUCAAUUUUGCUGGUGAAAAUAAACAAAAAUAUUUUUUAAUUAAAUUAACAGCCAUUCGUCCGACUAAUGUCCUUAAUAUUUCGUAUUAGCCCCAGUGGAGAGCCCAUGUGCUUUACUGGGACGCACAAAUAUUCUCAUACACGCAUCCAACAGUUUCUCACUGCACUGUAGCUGUGUGGGUCGACGGCAGCAGCGGCAGACAAAGGGAGGGGAGGGGGAGCAAAGGACGGCACGCACAGACAGAGACAGGCACUCUCAUCAGUGACGGGCUCACCAGCUGCGUGGACAGAGCUGUGGUGCAGGAGGAGGAGAAGCGGUGCGGCGGGGAGAACAAGCUGCUUGGAAACCCGGCACACAAUGCAAGAGACCACGAGAGAGGGAAGGGGAACAAAACAGAGGGAGACUGCUGAAGGGAGAGAAGUCGUUCGGAGCAGUGAGAGGGAGGAAGCUGGAUGAAACUGACAAGGACACAGAGGGAGGAAAGCACACAGAAAUGCCUUUCCUGCCGUAGUAGAGAAACGUGUACAAAGUAGAAAAGAAGACAAGAAGAAGAAGGGAGAAGAGAACGAGCCUCAUAGGAGGUCAAGCUUUUGAAGCUUGACUGACACAACAGUGAAGAGGAGGAGACUCAUGAGGGCAAGUUGAUAUUUUUGAUUUGGCGGAGUAUUUUCAGAAGGAAUACUGAAGGCAAGAAAAAAAAAAUGAAAUCAGAAAUGCUGUCUUUCAGUUGAGGAGGAGAAAAAGAGAGAAUAACAGGAGAACAAUAAAUGGGGGGAGAUGUUGCGAUCAGAGUGUGACAGAACAGAUUAUCUCUGGUCCGGUCUCCCGCAGGAAAACUGCUGUGAGUGUAUGUACGUGUAUGCGCGUCAGUGCCUCCUCCAUGUGAAAGUGUAUCGUAGCGUGUCUGUCACUGUAGCUGUGGUGCUGUAAAGCUCGCCUGCUACAAGAUGAAGUCAACCCGUGAUUAUCUGCACAACCUUAAAACAGUGUUUGAAGCCAACUUGGAAAAGAGACAAGGAGCAGACCAGUCGAGGGAGUAAAAGUGAGGCUGCAAAGUGGGACAGAAAAUAAUGAGCCGAAGAGAGUUUUGUGAAAUCCAUUUAAACUCAUACUAACUGAUUGCUGCUUCUGGCUGCGGAACAACUUUGCAAACCAGUGAAGCCAAAGAAUACGCACUUAACCUGACAAAGAAAAAACACAGCAUCGGACCAAGGCAAGCCAGACUCUACCACACCAACCAUUCUGCUCCACUAUGGUCUUAUUAUUUUAAUUACCACCAUUUCAUUUGUUUUGUUCUCUGUGCUUAGCCCUUAGUAUUUUGUAUUCCAUCCUCCACUCUGCCUCUCUCUUCCCCUCCCUCCUCCUCCUGCCUUUGCUCUCUCUGUCUCAUCCUCUCUUGUUCACUGUCACACAGGGAAUGCUGGAGUCACUCAUGUAGAAGCCACCUUCCUUGGAGCACAUUUGCCUAGCUGUUUUUUUAUUUCCUUUUCCAUGUUGAGUUGAGUGAUAGAGGCACUAUCACAUGGAGUGACCAGGAGCAAUAACCAACAAGUAGCUGUUCAUCAGAGCUCCUGCAACUUCAGGAGAAGACGAGCUUUCAGAGAGUGCAUACAGUGUAGCGUAUUUACAUUUCAGGCUUCAUGGGUCAUUACUAUUGGUAAGGCCAAACACAUAUCUUGGUGUGUAUUACAGUAGUGAAAUUAUCCUGGAGCUACAUGUGGGCCCCAGCCCCUGAGGCCUGGCUGGGAAAUGAAGCCUUUCCCGUGGCUGUAGGAGCGCUGUGGGCAGCUAUGGCCCUGGAGGGGCGCUGUCUCCGGCGGGGAUCCCCAGCUAUGAUCAGAAAGGGCUGUCAUCGGCAUGCUACAAAGCCAUCUCUGGCUCGGGUCACUUCCACUUUGCUGUCAAGGACACGUCUGCAUGGCCUGAGGCAUGUUUGUGUCCCUGGUGGUUCAGUGGGCCGUAGGGCUUUCUGGCUGCUAGCCCUCUGCACCUCCCUGGGGCUACUUUUAUCCUGGUCCUCCAAUCGCCUUCUCCACUGGCUUUCUUUCCCCACAUACACACGGGUCCACGCUGAAUGGGCAAAAGAACUGGCCUUCCCCACCGUCACUAUCUGCAACAACAACCCUAUUCGUCUCUACAAACUCACCAAGAGUGACUUAUAUUUUGCCGGCCACUGGUUGGGGCUGCUGUUGGCUAACCGGACAAUGAGGCCUAUGGUUCUGGACUUGCUUCAGGAUGACCGUCGGGCCUGGUUUAGGAAGCUGUCAGACUUUCGACUGUUCCUGCCACCCAGAGACUUUGAAGGAACCAAUCUGGAGUUUAUGGACAGACUGAGCCACCAACUGGAUGACAUGCUGCUUUCAUGCAAAUACAGAGGAGAGCCCUGCGGAGCUCACAACUUCUCUUCUGUAAGUCUGACUUCAUCAGAGACUGACUGA